AUGGGUUCAGAAUUGAUACAAAAAUGUCUUGGAGAUGGUCCAAAACUUGUACGCAAAUUUUUUCAUGUUGCCGAAGAAGAUGCGCCUUACAUUGCAUUUAUUGAUGAAAUUCAUGCUAUUGGAACUAAACGAAUGAGAUUAUUAGAUGAUGUGGAUCUUAAGGAAUUUGUAGUGUCAAAAGAUGAUUUGAGUGGUACUGACAUUAAGGCUAUUUGUACUUAG